AUGCUUGCCCGGGCAGCAAACAGACAUGCAUCCUUAACAUCCAACGAGAAGAAACAAUCUCCCUUGCAGUUCAAUUCCUCUGCGGUCAACGCUCCCCGGGAGUCUUCAUCGGGUUCUCUGAAAAGAAAGCUGGAUCGGAGCAUGAGCACCUCGAGCACCUUGGGAUCUCUCCAUCAGCAACCCUGGUCCGAUGAGAACGUACCCCCGAACUUUGUCGACCUCGACAGUGUCGAAGACCAGUCUGACGUCCGAUACCCUGAUCUUCAUUCUAUAGAUCCUGUGUCUUAUUCCUCACUCCCUCCAGUCCCAAAAGGUUCCCCCACCGCACCCGCCAGCAGCACCGAAAUCCCGUGGUCGUCAUCCCCGGCGCAUCACUAUGAAAACCCAACCACACGGAAACUGCCACAAGAUAUACCGGAGCCACGACCAGUGGGUCCAGCCAAGAAAAGAGCUCUCCCGGCAUCAUUCACGUCACAAGUCUCACCAGCAUAUCGGGAUGAAGAAAGCAGCAAGUGGCGAGAUAAUGCCAAUGCCAAUGGCAAGGACUUCAGCAGAUUUGAUAGAUUCAGUGCACCAAAACAGUUCCAGAAAGCAGGCAGCCGUGACAAGGCGUCCCUAGCAAUGUCGGACAUGUUACACAAACCGUCAUUUGCCCGUCAUCGAACAAAUGCGUCACUUUCAAGAUCCUCGUCUGACCGCACGACUCCAUCGUCCGCGGAGCCUGCUGAACCAGGAACGGCAACGUUUGACAGAAUCGUCCCGGAACCUUUCUUAAGUGACGAGCAGAAGGCUGUUAUGAAGGCAGUAAUUGACGAAGGCAAGAGCGUGUUCUUCACCGGGUCUGCUGGUACAGGAAAAUCGGUUCUUAUGAGGGCGAUAAUUUCCAAGUUGAAGCACAAAUACAGGAAAGACCCUGAUCGGAUUGCAAUCACGGCGUCGACAGGCUUGGCAUCGUGCAUCUUAGAGGGACAGACGCUACACAGUUGGUCGGGCAUUGGGCUUGGAAAGGAGCCUGCGCCUGAACUGGUCAAAAAAAUCAAACGCAACCAGAAAUCGAGACAGAAAUGGCUCCGGACCAAGGUUCUCAUCAUUGACGAAGUAUCCAUGGUUGACGGUCAACUUUUUGAUAAGCUCGAGCAAGUGGCGCGUACCAUUCGAAACAACGGUCGUCCAUUCGGCGGUAUCCAGUUGGUUGUCACUGGAGACUUUUUCCAACUUCCCCCUGUGCCCGACAAGAAUUCUUCGGCCAAGUUUGUCUUCGAAGCAGUAACGUGGAACACCUGCAUUCAACAUACGAUUCUGUUGACCCAUGUCUUCCGCCAAAAGGACGAACAAUUUGCAAAGAUGCUCAAUGAAAUGCGGUUAGGCAAGAUGAGUCCUGCUACUAUCCGAGAAUUCAAGUCACUUUCCAGACCCUUGGAUUUUCGUGAUGAGCUUGAGGCGACUGAGCUGUAUCCGCGCCGUGAGGAAGUCGAAAAUGCCAACCAGAAUCGCAUGCGAAAACUGUCUGGCCAAAUCAUGACCUUCAACGCUGUUGAUUCGGGCAUCGCCGAGCCUAACACGCGAAAGGCGUUGCUCAACAACUUUAUCGCUCCUGAGGUGUUGGAGCUGAAGAAAGGCGCGCAAGUCAUGCUGAUCAAGAAUAUUGACGGGCAGCUUGUCAACGGGUCCCUUGGAAUCGUCCAAUCCUUCAUGGAUGAAGGUACGUUCUUCACCUACAAGGAUGAUGAACCUACUUUUCUCCUAGCGCACGAGCCCGAUGACGGCGGCGAUGACAGUGAGGUAAAGGCGGCGCGUGAGAAGAUUCGGGAAGCUAGAUUGAAGAACUCGACCACAGGCAGCGAGCCUAGAAGGUUGUGGCCCAUGGUUAGAUUCAAUCUACCAGACGGAACUUCAAGAAGUAUGCUUUGCUGCCCGGAUGAGUGGAAGACAGAAUCCCAGAGCGGCGAAGUCCUUGCGAAACGCGUUCAAGUCCCUCUAAUUCUCGCAUGGGCUCUAUCGAUUCACAAAGCUCAGGGCCAGACACUUACUCGAGUCAAAGUGGAUCUCGGCAAGGUUUUUGAAAAAGGCCAAGCCUAUGUGGCAUUGAGUCGAGCGCGAACAAAGGAAGGGUUACAGGUGCUUCGGUUUGACGAACGGAAAGUCAUGGUGCAUCAGAAGGUGUUGCAGUUUUAUUCCAAGCUCUCUGGUCACGAGACGUUGGGGAAGAAGGGCGUCAAGAAAGAGUCGAUAGACGAGGAUGACUUUGGAGAUGAGUUUACGGUCGAGGAGAUGCUCGAGGCUGAAAAGCAGAUGUUGAGAGCCGGCGCGAUGUAG